GCUGGCGGCUCAGGAGCGAGCGAGGCGAGGGGUGCGGGGGAGAGCGAGCGAGACAGCCGUCGGGCCGUGGCCGUCGUGUGCGCUGCUGGGAAGGGAGCCGUUGCUGAGAAAGGCAUUUGAUCACUCACAAUGUCAUUCAUAUUUGAAUGGAUCUACAAUGGCUUCAGCAGUGUGCUGCAGUUUCUAGGAUUAUACAAGACGUCUGGCAAAUUAGUCUUCUUGGGCUUGGAUAAUGCAGGCAAGACCACUCUUCUGCACAUGCUAAAAGAUGACAGAUUGGGUCAGCAUGUUCCUACACUACAUCCAACAUCAGAAGAGUUGACCAUUGCUGGAAUGACGUUCACAACUUUUGAUCUUGGCGGCCAUGAGCAAGCUCGACGUGUUUGGAAGAAUUACCUACCCGCAAUUAAUGGGAUUGUCUUUUUAGUGGACUGUGCAGAUCACCCACGUCUUAUGGAAUCCAAAGUGGAGCUAAAUGCACUAAUGACUGAUGAAACAAUCUCCAAUGUGCCGAUUCUUAUCUUGGGUAACAAAAUUGAUAGACCAGAAGCUAUCAGUGAGGAGAAACUGCGAGAGAUUUUUGGGCUUUAUGGACAAACCACAGGAAAGGGGAAUAUGCCACUGAAGGACUUGAACACACGCCCCAUGGAAGUGUUCAUGUGUAGUGUACUGAAGAGGCAAGGCUAUGGUGAAUGUUUUCAUUGGCUAUCACAGUACAUUGACUGAUGUUUGGACAGAUGGAUCUACUUCUGGACUGAUCCUGUUCACAACUUCCUUAUGGACUUCUCUAUUAGAACACAGAAGGCUCUCCAACCGCAUACUGACAGUGACAAAGGGAUUCCUGUCUUCAGUUACUCUACAUCACAGUGGUGACACAAUUCUUUUCCUCUUGCCUGA